UCAGUUAAUGGAGUUCUUUGACGUGCUUGAUGAACCUGUACCAGGAUAUGAACUUCCAACGAUUCUAACCGAGUUACAUACACAUCUCUGGAGCUGCUAUUGACUACAGGCCACUAUACCUACCAAUUAGAAGUGUCAUUACAGCAGAAACGUUCAGUAUAUCCAGUAAUAUUGUUUAUGAUGCCCCAGUUUCAUUACUAAGAUUCCUAGUAGAAGAUGCAGCUCUAUUUGUGUCAGAUAAACGAGAUGCUCAGAUGCUUGAUCUGAAAAAAAAUUAUGUAUGCGUAAUGGACAUGGGAUUUUUCCAGUUGUCUCUACGGAUGAGUGAUGGCAAGGAUCCUAAAUACCCUCGGAUUGACUUGCAGGCAACUAACAACCUGCUAAAUAUUAGGACUUGUGUAGACUCCUGUGAUGCACUCAGGAAGCUUAUCAUCUAUUUUGCUAAUGAUGGAGAUUUGAAUCCUCCUUCACCAUCUCCUGUGCCAGCCCAACAGUCAGAGGAAAGCAUACCAAGUAGCAGUAGUACAUCCACAAAGGCUACCCAGCCACAGUCUCCAGCUGUGUCAACCAGUCCAAUUGCUCAGGGACAUUUUGAACAGAUGCAGAAUUUAAUGGAAGAGGCUAUGAAGGAGUAUUCCUCUACCACGUCUGAGAGCAGUGGUUCAAAUAAAGGCUCCCCACCCACAGUCAUCAACAUAUCAUCUGAUAAAGAUGAAAAGCCACCUACAGAAAUGUUUCUCUUCCCGGAUGAAAGUAAAACUACAAAGCAAUCAAGAAGUCAGCAAUCGGCAAAGGCUGAAUCAGAUGAUGAUUUCGACGACGAUGAUGUAUUUUGUAUUCUCGAUGUGCCAGGAAUGGGAAUUAUGGUGAGCAUUUACAGAACUGGAGAGCCCCCAUUUGAAUAUUUUUUAUUUUGUUUAUCAAUGCUGUCUUUACUAGUUGAUUGCCAUGUGCUGAGCUAUAUACAGUGA